GGGUGAAUACGCAUUUUUGAAAACUAUUAUCACAUCAGAAAUACCACCACCAAAAAUAAAUAGUACAGUGAACAUUACCAUGGAUUGUUUGGGUCAUUUUUACCUGUGUGUUUCUGUUCCUCUGGAUAUUGUUAAUAAUCAAGAUAAUGUCUAG